AUGCCCCAAAAGGGGAGGUCGCGUAGACACCGCAAUAAGCACAAUGACGGCGGUAAAAUUCCCAAUAACGUGAUUCAUAAGACUGAUGAGCCUAAUGUCGAAAAAACUUUACCGCAGACAGAUUCAGUAGCCAUUGCUAUUACUCUGAGGACAAAUUCACCGAAUCCACAGACUGCGGCGCGUCGUAGAAGGCGAAAACUGCCUAAGCAGCCGCAAGAUGAAGGCAAUAAACGAACUGAGUCUCAACAUCGUAAUCCCAAUCGGCCUGGCAAGCAGAGAACCGAUGCCAAAACGAAUCACUCCCUCUCAAAUGUGGAUCUUUUUGUGGAGGACUUCAAAUUAUCCGAUAAUUGUGAAGAUAAGGAAAACCGCGCGAUUAACAAUAAAUGUGCUAUUUUAAACGAAAACAGGGUUCGUUUGCCCGUGCGUUUGUCGAAUUACGUGAUGACGAUGAGACAACUUUAUGAUCGCUUUCAAGGGGAUUCUACUCACAUCGUGGAGGAGGCUGCGUCGCGGUUAGAGGUGAAAGGCGAAACUGAUGCCAGGAGCACCGUUUCCACGCAGCUGACCCCUACUAUGCCAUCGCCCAACUCUUCCAGUCGGCAGAUGAACACCGCAGGUGGUAUGUCUACGCAUCUGCUGCUGCUCGCGGUCACGCGCCUUAGCUCGAUACUCUCCACGGAAGCGCGGCGCCCGCGACGCAACACGAAGGUAGGUGAAGCUUCUUCAAAUACUAAAACAGUUUCCAUUUCCACUCUUCAGGAGGUUAUUGUACUAUGCAAGCUUAUUGCGUGGUUUUGUCUUGAAACCUACCCGGAUGAGGAUACGUCGACACCAGGCGGGGGCGGAUCUCGCGGUAUGAGCGCUCAAACAACGCCGGGAGCCUCCUCAGCACGUCGUCAGGGGUCUGCGCACUCGGGCACACGUCCUCUGAAGACCUCUUCAUCCUUUUCAUCUUCGCGAUCGGCAAACGCAAGCUUUCAUGGCAACAACAACGAGUCAUACGACCUUCAGUGUUGGCUUGGCAGCCGUAUGGCGGUUGAUCAGGCUGCCGCCGUAACGUUGCCGGACACACAGCUUUCUGAACAGUUCAUGCGUCCUGUCAUCGAGGCGGUUUCACGAUUCUCUGUAUACGGCAUCGACCCCUCCAGCGUCGUGAUCGAAGAAGAGCCCCGCGAUGAGAAUGCCAAAGAGGAGUGUACGUUGCCUUCUGCGGGGGUGAAAGAGGGCUCGCCUGCGGAUCGAACAAAGGCUAAUGGAAUGAUAACGAUGGUUAAGUUGCGUAUAAGCACGCUCGCGGCUUUGUGUGCUGUCCUCAAUCGUUUUCCAGAUGCUGACUUUAACUCGGCCGCCUUUUUGCCAUUGCUGUUUCCUAACGAGGACCCUUGCGCCGGUCUUCAUGUGCGUCACCCCCUCCUAACCCCUAUUCUGUGGGAUCCCUCUCCCACCUCGCGCAGCAUAGCGACGCUGGCGUUGACUGCAUUGCUUCAUAAACUCCAGAAUAGUCUACAGUUUGCUGAGGAACCCAAGUGCAAACAUCAGUCCUUUGUUUCUCUGGCCACGCAAGGGGGAUCCGCGCUUUCGAUGAUUCAUGACGUUGUUUAUUGGGCCAUAAAAAACGGCGGAGAGGUGAGCCUCAUGACCGGCGACGGUUAUUUACCGAAACGGGAGGGUCGUAUUGAAAAAAUACAUUUAUUGGAUUCGUAUGACAAGCCCACUUUACCCUGUGCGAGAAACGACGCGACACUGUGGUUUAACGUGUUAUCGGUUUUGUCCAUCGUCACAGCUUACAACCGUUGUCCGCACUCGCUGCAAGUCAUGCUGAAAACGCUCGACUCACCACUUCUACGGCAGCACCUUCGUGAUGAGAGCGGACUGCCCUUCAUCGCCGCCACGGGGUUUCUGGCGAACGUUUUCAAGAAUGAGUCUCUCCAGAGCCGUGUUUCGGAACACCUCUACGCAAUUCGCGACCUAGCACCCUUGGGGAAGAAGCGGGACAAAGCAACAUUUGGAAAAAACGCAGGCGUAACUUCCCAUCGCGGGAAUUUUCUCAUCACUGAUUUACUAGUUCAUGCCACCGAGCGUAUUGAGGUGUGGCGUUGUUUAGUCCACAUCGCCCGUUUCUAUCCCAAGUUGAUUCAGCAGCACUUUGAGCCCCUUCUGAAGACCUCCUGCGAUGUGGUAGAUGUGCUGCUGCGGCAGGAGGCGGCGACCGUGAAGUGUCCCCAGGACUCAAAAAGGACGCCGGAGUCGCAAGGCGAUAAACCAAUGGAGAAUACGGUUUCUGAUUUGGAGGCGACGCUGCCGCAUAACCCCCCAUCAUCGCAUCAUGAUCCAAAGGCACUUUCGUCUGUGAAUACAUCGCCAGAGCGAUCACGCGGACGGGUUACGCCGUCGGCAGGGACGGAGUCAGCGAACGCUGCUUCGUCUGGUGCCUUUUCGGAGUGUCUGCGGGCCUGGACACACUUUAUGGGGUACACCUGGAAGGCCUUUGACAACAACCCUGGCGAUCCCGCGCUCAAAACCGAGAACACCGAGGACCGUGCGGCGCCGCAUCAGAAGGUUGCGGUUUUCAAACAGCUCAUCCUGCGCGCGAUGCAGCUGGAAGCGAGUGAAGAGGUGCGCGUAGUGACCCUGCGUUGUAUAGCGCAGAUCGGUGAGGGCUGCUUGUCGAGCGAGGAGGUGAGCGCUGCGCAGCGUGAACAGGUAGUACGCUAUGCGCUGGCGGCCGUUCAACACUGGAGCGGGGGGGUGCGCUCGGAGGCGCUCACAGCGUUAGGGAUGUGGGUGUGGCAAUACCCUGUGCUCGAUCCUUACGGGCCUGCGUUUCUGGCAACCGCCUUUUCAGCCCUGGUGCAUGAUUCGGAUGGCCUUGUUCGCAGCAAGGCGUCUUUCGCGGUGUCGAACCUGACCUCGAGGCUUGAGGAGCCCGAGUACCCUAUUCGUGAGUCGGUGGAACACAUCGAUCAGUUGUUCCUUGCUACUAUGAGUGCGGUUUCAGACGUAAACUCUACCGUACAAGGCCAUGGUAUUCGUAUGAUCAAUAACCUCCUUCAGGUUUUAGUCUUUGAAGAGCUCAUUGCGAACUUGCCAGUCUUCAGUGGGGAAGUGAGGGAGUGCGUGGGGGAGGGUUUUUUGCGCACCUUGCUGAACUUCCUCACACAGAGCACCCGUGACGCGAAACAUCGGUGGAAUGCCGCCUAUGCGCUGGGCACAGGUCUCUCACGGACGGUGCUUUUCGAAGCGGAGCUUAACUACUCUCUGAUUGCUAUCGAUGCGCUUAUGACAGUUGUAGUGCGUGAUAAUGUAUUUAAGGUGCGCACGCAGGCUGCUCAUGCUUUAGGGAAGAUUUCACCUGAAUGCAUACAAGGCAAGUAUUGCCCUCCUGAGCUCGUGCCACGUAUCAUACGGACUUUAUGUGUCGCGCUUAUGUCUUCCAAGACAACGGAAAACUUCCAACAGUUCAGGGAACAGGCGGUACUCCAGGCCGCACUAGGGGAGUCGUUGCGGGUGUUGAUUCCAACAGCUGUGAUGAGCCCAGAAUUGAAUAAGAUCCUCGUGGAGUAUCAUCAAAUAUUGGUUAGCGAGGAGAUCGUAUAA